AUGAUUAUUGAUAUUCAUUUAGAAGUCUUAGACGAAUGUCAAAAAGGGGACGUCCAUUCGACGAAGGAAGACUUUUUUGAAAUUUUGGUUCAAGAAUACAUUGGAAGUGAGUUCAUAAAAGAAGAACAUGUUCCAAGUUUAGAUUCCUGGUUUAUGGAGGAAGACUUUCUUCCUAUGGAGGGUGUUCCUAAGGGACAGGUUCGAAGUUCAGAUUCCGGGUUUAGGGAGGAAGACUUUUUUUCUAAGGAAUGUGUUCCUAGGGUUGAUGUGCCUAAGGAAGAUGUCCCUAAAGAACAGGUUCCAGGUUCAGAUUCUGAGUGUAGGGUUGAUGUUCCCAAGGAACAACUUCCUGAGGAAUGGCUCCCUAAGGAACAGGGAAGGAAGACUUUGUUCCGAAGGAACAGGUCCAAUGUUCAGAUUUCUGAUUUAGGAAAGGAAGACUUUAUUCCUAAGGAAUGUGUUCCAAAGGAAGAUAUUCCAAAGGGAAAUGUCCCUAAGGAACAGGUUCCAAGUUUAUAUUCCGGGUUUACGGUGGAAGAUUUUGUUCUUGCGAAAGGUGUUCCUAAGAAAUGUGUUCCAGAGGAACAGGUUCCAAGUUCAGAUUUCGGGUUUUAG